UGACCUUUCAAUAAUCUCUUCUCAAAACUAUUGUCUCUCUUUUACAGUGCUGAUGGCAACUUUGAACCAACCCUGAUAACCAAAGCUUUAGUUCAUUAUACCGGUGAAGUUGUCUGGGAACCUCCAGCUCUUUAUAAAGUUACCUGUCAAAUUGAUGUUGAAUGGUUUCCAUUUGAUGUUCAAUCAUGCCUUAUGAAAUUUGGCUCUUGGACUUAUGAUGGUCAUGAGGUUGACCUUCGUCAUCUGGAUCAGGUUGAAGGAUCGGUCCAAGUUGACCGUGGUGUGGACCUUUCCGAGUUUUACCAAUCAGUGGAAUGGGAUCUGAUGAAAGUCCCUGCUCGCUAUGAGAAUGAAUAUUAUGAUU